GGCGCGGCCAGCCGGCCAGGCUCCCCUCGGCAAACCUGUCUAGUUGGGGCGGGGAGCGGAGCUUCCUCCUGUGAGGGCCGUGCCGCGCUGCCAGAUUUGUUCUUCCGCCCCUGCCUCCGCGGCUCGGAGGCGAGCGGAAGGUGCCCCGGGGCCGAGGCCCGUGACUGGGUGGGCGGGAGCCCCGGCAGUCCGGGGUCGCCGGCGAGGGCCAUGUCGCUGUUGGGGGACCCGCUACAGGCCCUGCCGCCCUCGGCCGCCCCCACGGGGCCGCUGCUCGCCCCUCCGGCCGGCGCGACCCUCAACCGCCUGCGGGAGCCGCUGCUGCGGAGGCUUAGCGAGCGCCUGGACCAGGCGCCCGAGGGCCGGGGCUGGAGGAGACUGGCGGAGCUGGCGGGGAGUCGCGGGCGCCUCCGCCUCAGUUGCCUAGACCUGGAGCAGUGUUCUCUUAAGGUACUGGAGCCUGAAGGAAGCCCCAGCCUGUGUCUGCUGAAGUUAAUGGGUGAAAAAGGUUGCACAGUCACAGAAUUGAGUGAUUUCCUGCAGGCUAUGGAACACACUGAAGUUCUUCAGCUUCUCAGCCCCCCAGAUGGAGUUUCGCUCUUCUUGCCCAGGCUGGAGUGCAAUGGCACGAUUUUGGCUCACCGCAACCUCUGCCUCCCAGGUUCAAGCGAUUCUCCUGCCUCAGCCUCCCGAGUAUCUGGGAUUACAGGAAUAAAGAUUACUAUAAACCCAGAGUCAAAGGCAGUCUUGGCUGGACAGUUUGUGAAACUGUGUUGCCGGGCAACUGGACAUCCUUUUGUUCAAUAUCAGUGGUUCAAAAUGAAUAAAGAGAUUCCAAAUGGAAAUACAUCAGAGCUUAUUUUUAAUGCAGUGCAUGUAAAAGAUGCAGGCUUUUAUGUCUGUCGAGUUAAUAACAAUUUCACCUUUGAAUUCAGCCAGUGGUCACAGCUGGAUGUUUGCGACGUCCCAGAGAGCUUCCGGAGAAGUGUUGAUGGCGUCUCUGAAUCCAAGUUGCAAAUCUGUGUUGAACCAACUUCCCAAAAGCUGAUGCCAGGCAGCACAUUGGUUUUACAGUGUGUUGCUGUUGGAAGCCCUAUUCCUCACUACCAGUGGUUCAAAAAUGAAUUACCAUUAACACAUGAGACCAAAAAGCUAUACAUGGUGCCUUAUGUGGAUUUGGAACACCAAGGAACCUACUGGUGUCAUGUAUAUAAUGAUCGAGACAGUCAAGAUAGCAAGAAGGUAGAAAUCAUCAUAGGAAGAACAGAUGAGGCAGUGGAGUGCACUGAAGAUGAAUUAAAUAAUCUUGGUCAUCCUGAUAAUAAAGAGCAAACAACUGACCAGCCUUUGGCGAAGGACAAGGUUGCCCUUUUGAUAGGAAAUAUGAAUUACCGGGAGCACCCCAAGCUCAAAGCUCCUUUGGUGGAUGUGUACGAAUUGACUAACUUACUGAGACAGCUGGACUUCAAAGUGGUUUCACUGUUGGAUCUUACUGAAUAUGAGAUGCGUAAUGCUGUGGAUGAGUUUUUACUCCUUUUGGACAAGGGAGUAUAUGGGUUAUUAUAUUAUGCAGGACAUGGUUAUGAAAAUUUUGGGAACAGCUUCAUGGUCCCCGUUGAUGCUCCAAAUCCGUAUAGGUCUGAAAAUUGUCUGUGUGUACAAAAUAUACUGAAAUUGAUGCAAGAAAAAGAAACUGGACUUAAUGUGUUCUUAUUGGAUAUGUGUAGGAAAAGAAAUGACUACGAUGAUACCAUUCCAAUCUUGGAUGCACUAAAAGUCACCGCCAAUAUUGUGUUUGGAUAUGCCACGUGUCAAGGAGCAGAAGCUUUUGAAAUCCAGCAUUCUGGAUUGGCAAAUGGAAUCUUUAUGAAAUUUUUAAAAGACAGAUUAUUAGAAGAUAAGAAAAUCACUGUGUUACUGGAUGAAGUUGCAGAAGAUAUGGGUAAGUGUCACCUUACCAAAGGCAAACAGGCUCUAGAAAUUCGAAGCAGUUUAUCUGAGAAGAGAGCACUUACUGAUCCAAUACAGGGAACAGAAUAUUCUGCUGAAUCUCUUGUGCGGAAUCUACAGUGGGCCAAGGCUCAUGAACUUCCAGAAAGUAUGUGUCUUAAGUUUGACUGUGGUGUUCAGAUUCAAUUAGGAUUUGCAGCUGAGUUUUCCAAUGUCAUGAUCAUCUAUACAAGUAUAGUUUACAAACCACCGGAGAUAAUAAUGUGUGAUGCCUAUGUUACCGAUUUUCCACUUGAUCUAGAUAUUGAUCCAAAAGAUGCAAAUAAAGGCACACCUGAAGAAACCGGCAGCUACUUGGUAUCAAAGGAUCUUCCCAAGCAUUGCCUCUAUACCAGACUCAGUUCACUGCAAAAAUUAAAGUUUCAGGGAGAUAUGAAGGAUGCCUUGAGGAUUUGGAACCUGGGAAAGGAGAGAACAUCUAGUCUUCACAGUAUGUUUAUCAUAUCAGUACUCAGGAUUGGAAGAUACUGUAGAGGACAAGCAGGAAGUGAAUGUUGGGAAACCUCUCAUUGCUAAAUUAGACAUGCAUCGAGGUUUGGGAAGGAAGACUUGCUUUCAAACUUGUCUUAUGUCUAAUGGUCCUUACCAGAGUUCUGCAGCCACCUCAGGAGGAGCAGGGCAUUAUCACUCAUUGCAAGACCCAUUCCAUGGUGUUUACCAUUCACAUCCUGGUAAUCCAAGUAAUGUUACACCAGCAGAUAGCUGUCAUUGCAGCCGGACUCCAGAUGCAUUUAUUUCAAGUUUCGCUCACCAUUCUUCAUGUCAUUUUAGUAGAAGUAAUGUGCCAGUAGAGACAACUGAUGAAAUACCAUUUAGUUUCUCUGACAGGCUCAGAAUUUCUGAAAAAUGACCUCCUUGUUUUUGAAAGUUAGCAUAAUUUUAGAUGCCUGUGAAAUAGUACUGCACUUACAUAAAGUGAGACAUUGUGAAAAGGCAAAUUUGUAUAUGUAGAGAAAGAAUAUAUGUAGAGAAAGAAUAGUAGUAACUGUUUCAUAGCAAACUUCAGGACUUUGAGAUGUUGAAAUUACAUUAUUUAAUCACAGA